CAGAUUAUCAUUAAGAUCACAUUAUUGGCAUCCACAUUUUAUUUAUUAUUUUUCCUUAAACUAUCUUUUAGGUGCAAUAAUUUGGAUUCUUGUUUGAUAAAACACAAUAUAGUAUUUGGUGUGAAGCAAUGAGGUGGUUUUGAAAAUGAAUUAUUAAUUUUCUUUUUUGUGUGUAUGGUAUGGUGUAAGGACAUAAAAUAUAAACUCAGCAGGGCAUUAUAGCCUUUAAAAUGCUUCUUACAUGAAUCUCAGGAGAUGUUGCUCAGAUUUACAUUUCAUGCUGAUCAUGUGACAUGUACACUGUCUCUUUAAUAAAUUGCCCUGUAGCAAAGAUACAUUUCCUGAUGUUUUGACAAUUACCAACAAUACUUUGCACAGGUAUAUAAUUUUUAUUUGUCUAAUGAUAUAUAGCAUGUAAUUUAUACUCUACAGAUAAUAGAACAAUCUUAUAUAUAUUAUAAUUAACUAUUGUAUAACCAUUUCAAUUAAGAGGGCAACUGUAUUGUGUGUUUGCAGUGUAUGCUUUAUGAUGCUGGCAUAUAUCUGUAUUAAAUCUGAAAUUUUCUCUUUAAGGACUUCGGAUCAUGUCAGACAGAAACAUAACAUUUGUCAAGGACUUUUUCAUUGUUGGUUUUCCUGGGCUUCAUCCCAAGUACUAUGUUCUUGCAUCUGCAAUUAUGUUUUUGGUUUAUUUGUGCAUUUUGAUAGGGAAUGGAAUUUUUCUACUUUUGUUUGCAACAAACAAAAAUCUCCAUAAACCCAUGUACUUUAUUUAUAUAAGUCUUGUGUUCUCAGAUGUAUUGUUCAGUACAUGCACCUUACCAAAGAUCAUUGCUAGAUAUUGGUUUGCAGAUGGGACCAUUUCUUUUGCUGCUUGUUUUUUUCAAAUGUACUUAGUGCAUUAUUUUGCUGUGGUCAAUUCAUGCACACUAGUUGUAAUGGCCCUAGAUAGAUAUAUAGCAAUCCGCUUCCCAUUUCAUUACUAUACUAUUAUGUCGAACAGGAAUAUAGUAAUUCUGAGUUUACUGGUCUGGAUUAUCUCUAAUCCUUGCAGUAUGAUGAUGACCAUUCGAGCAUACCCCCUUCCUUACUGUGGAGCUAACACCAUUGUACACUGCUAUUGUGAUCACAUAUCGAUUACCCGACUUGCAUGCACUGACAGAGUGCCAUAUAGUUUUCCAGCAUUUGUUUUUGCCCUGGUAAUAUUGCUGGGAUCGUUUGCUAUUGUUGUGAUCUCGUAUUUCUGCAUUAUUUUAGCUGUUGUACAAAUAUCAAGUGCACAGGGACGUCUAAAGGCUUUUUCCACAUGCAGUUCUCAACUUAUUAUAAUUUCUCUUUUCUUCCUACCAAGGUGUUUUAAUUACUUGGCUGCCAAUAUAGGUAUCACAUUUAAUGCUGAUUUACAAAUAGCAAUUGUAAUGCUAUAUAGCCUGCUGCCUCCAAUGAUCAAUCCUUUACUGUAUAGCCUAAAAACAGAAGAAGUAAAGAAAAUAUUAAUAAGAAAAUUUAAAAAAGAGCAAGAUAGCUGGACCUAG